AUCUACUACUCAUCUUUGGAGUUUCGACCUCGCUGUUGCACAGUUCACAAUCAGUACUACACUGGAGCAACAAUGGUAAAGAUCUUUAUCGGUAACCUCUCUCAGGACACUGAGAAGGAUGAGAUUGAAGCUCUGUUUACUCAGUACGGCACAGUAACAGAAUGUGCCAAGUACAAAAACUAUGCUUUUGUUCACAUGGAAGACCGCAAAUCUGCCACCAAAGCAAUCCGUGAACUGCAUCUUCAUAAGCUGAAUGGCAGACCCAUCAACGUAGAGCCAAGCAGAAGCAAGAACCAGGGCCCCGUGAAGCUUCACGUGGCCAAUGUGGAGAAGGGCUUUGACAAAGAGCUCCGUGACCUGUUUUUGGAGUAUGGCAAUGUCACGGAGUGCUCCAUCGUCAAAAACUUUGCCUUUGUGCAUAUGCCUAAUUCUGACGAGGCCAUGGAUGCCUUGCAGGGCCUGGAUAAUACAGAGUUUCAAGGGAAACGCAUACACGUUCAAAUAUCAAAAAGCAGACCGAGAGGGGGACCAGAGGAGGAGGAGUAUCCACCUCCGCCUGUGAGAGGAGGCUAUUUUCCUCCUCCCUUUCCAGGGGAGAGACCCGAGCCUCCCUACAGAGGCCGCAUGUCCGCUUACCCUCCUCCUCCUCCGCCCCCGCCACCUCCCCCUCCUCCGAGACGAGCAGCGUAUCCUGAUCGUGGCUAUGGCGAUCGAGAAUCUUAUGGGGUGGUCGAUUUCUAUGAGAAAUACAGAGCCCGUCCUUACGCCCCGAACUUCGAUGACAGGCGUCCCAGUGCCAUCCCCCCUCCACCCCCUCCUCCCUCUGCAUUGGUUAGGGAGCGUCUCGGAAUGGGCUCUCUUAAUCCGUAUGAGCGGCGUCCACUGCCCGCUCCUGCAGGUUACAUGGCGAGGGAUCGAAGCCCUAUCAGAAGAGCUCCCCCUCCGCCUGCUCCUGCAGCUGGUAAUGGUUACUCCUACGAGCGUUCUCGAUUGUCUCCAAUGUCAAGGACGCCGAUGUACACAGUUCCCCGUCCCCGGGAAGCCUACUCGGAGAGAGUGCCACCACCACCACCGCCGCCGCCUCCUCGCUAUGCAGGCUAUUAGACACCUCGAGUGUAAUGCAAGGUUUAGAAUAUGACAAGAUCGUCGUCGUCUGCUGAUGCACGUGGCGCUAUACGCACCCCUCCCCCCUCCCAUGUCUAUGGCGGAUUGCGUUGCGUUUGCUGAGACUUACUGGAAGAUACUGUAUUGCGGACAGCCCCGUAUUUAAAAAUAUACGAUUUCUUUGUCUGCAGUUCUUCUGAGCUGGUCAUGCCUUGUUCUCCUCCUCUUUGUUUUACUGUUAAAAGCUUUCAAAAUGUUUUGCAGAAUAGGUGCUUGGACUUCCAGUGUCACCAAAACUGGACACUCUGCUUUUCAAUUUUUCUAAGUGGAAAAUGUAAUCUGGGAAACUGUGACCUAUUUCUUCUUUUUAGAACAAGGGAUUCAUUUAGAUACAAAUACCGUGUAGGCUUUGUAAGCAAAAAUUGUUUAUUUUAAGAUUGUUGGUUGAUUACGAAAUGCUUAUUGAUCCAAGUUUUAAAGAAAUUUCAGCAUAGCAGUGCUUAAAUACAACACCUGCUGUGGGAGGUUGUACAGCAAUCUUUGAGAUUUGCGACACAUGUUAGCAUGAAGUUUCAGUGUGGUUUUGUUCUUUUUACACUUUGUGUUCUUUUCAUGCGACAGUAGACUCCUUAGCCACCAUUAUGUAUGAUUUUUAUUUACUUUACAGAUUGCUUUUUUUGAAGGCUUUUUAAUAAAUGAAUAAAACAAAAAAACAAAAACAUUUUAACUGUGAAAUUAUUCUUCGUUGCGGUUGGCCUCUUAGGACGAAAACCAAUUCGUCAGAUAAGAUUUAGCUUUCUUUAUUCUUGAAACACUUUCAGUUUCACUCUUCAGUCCUGAUAUUAUCAGCAUGACACAUGGUAGGUGUUUAUUUUUUUUAAUCCUCAGCUCACUACUAGAAAACCUGCCAGACUGGUUUUCCAUGUAAGGUGUGAAAAACUAUAACGCUUAUUAACCCCCUGCCCCUCUCCCCCCUUUUUGUGACACACCCGAGACUUACCACUGCCUUCUUGAAGUCUUGCCAAGUUAGACUGCAAACAGAAACCAAAAGUUGAUUUAACUUUAAAGCUCAAAUCCAGCGCAGUUAAUGAAGUACGGAAAUGUCCACUCCCAAAAGUCGCAAAAAAUAAGCAACUUAAACUUCCGUUCCACUCUGUGGCCACACAAAGAUUUUUUUAAAGCUGUGUACACCGGCUUCUCCGUGUUUUUGAAGUCACAUUUCGUCAGUCAUCUCCCAUUGCCUACCAUGGGUUUUUCAUCGAUGGCCCCAUGCUUCUGUCCAAAGUUUAUUUAUUUGUAUCAUCCUUCAUUUCAUACAUUUUAGUCAUAUUUUUCUACUAUUUCUAAAUUAAUAUAUGAAAUGCGUGUGUGAUAUUCUUAGCCUGUGUGCUCUUUAUAGGUUGUUAGAUUCAGUGCAGGAGAUGCCAGCUCAUGGUAAGUCGUCAUCAGAAGAUGUCCAGCACCCAGAUUAAACAGGUACAUGCUGCUUAAACUGUGGUAUUGCAAUAAAUGAAAGUAAAAAAACAAAACAAACCCUGGCACUUACAACAAUGGUAAUAACUUUUAAAAAAAUGCUGUGGUAUUUUGUUGCAAAGCACUUUAAUAUUAAUCUUAAAAGGUGCCAUAUAAAUAACAUUUUACUUACUUAAUAACAUUUUAGCAACACUGUUUCUCUUUGUUAGAAUUGAUUCAUGUAGAUUGAAAGCAUGUUAUGGAGUCUUUGAAUCUGUGUCUUUGUUCACAGACGUGUCUUUCCUCUGGCACUUGCUCCGGGUCUAGAAGUGAAUUCAAAGGGGAUUACAAGCUGGGAAGGACCUGAUUUGAAUGCCGAGCAGUUUAAGGUAAAGGAGCUCUUCUUUGAUCAGUUCAAUUUGUGAACCUUGUUUAAAGUGUCUGCUCUUACAGGGUAUGGAUUUUUGUCCCUCACUGAAAGUUUGAAUGAUUGGUUGAUGAGUUGGAGUGAACAUCAUGGGCGAUGGGACAGCUGUGUCGCUACAUCUGUGCUUUGAUUGGAGGGUAAAAAAAAAAAAAUGUGGGAAAGAGGGAAAUAGGAAAACCUCUUAGUUUUCCUAUUUCCCUAUUUUAAAUGUAAUUGAAAGUUAUUGUAUGUUGCAAUUGACUACAAGGACCUACUUUUUGUCUGUUUUUUAACUCCCAUUUUCUACCUUUUGAAUUUUAGCUAUUAUGAAAUAAACAAUUUACAUUUGAAAA